AGAGAGCGGAAAGAGAGAGAGCGGAGAGAAGCCACAUGAUUAUCAGACCUGAAGUUCCUCGCCUCUCCAGCUUCAGACAGCCCUAGUGACCGCUUGGUCGAGAUCUCACUGCCGCCGUGCCGUAAAGAGGGAGAGAAAGGAACCUUCCCUCUCGGAGCUCUGCAAGGGAGAGGAAGAAAUGUCCUGCGUUGGCAAGAGGAAAUCGAUUCUUGUGCUGAGUUCAAUACUGGUGGUGUCGCUCUUUGUGGCAGUGGUCCAGUACACACAUGACAUCUCAUCGCUUCUUCUUCAGCCUUACCCUGGCCAGGAUGGGAUUUUAAACAUGACAAGAGUUUUCACGCACGCCACCAUCAACCAGCAGCCCCGAGAACUCCCUGGCUACGUCAGCGUAACAACACAGCAGCCUCUCCGCCUGCACUGUGACCGAUGUAGCAUUGUGUCCAGCUCCGGACAGAUGCUUGGCCAGAAGGCCGGCAAGCUGAUUGACCAGUCGCCCUGCGUGUGGAGAAUGAACAACGCACCCACGCUGGGGUUUGAGUCCGACGUUGGCACCAGGACCAGUGUCAGGGUGGUGUCCCACACCAGCGUGCCAUUCCUCCAGCAAAGGCAGCAGCAUUACUUUGGAGAGGCCAACGAGACUGUCUACGUGAUCUGGGGGCCCUAUCGGAAUAUGCGGCGGGAUGGGAAAGGAGCCACGUACAACGAGUUGCAGAAGCUGGCCAGAAGGUUCCCCCACGCAAAGAUCUAUGUGACAACGGAGGAACGGAUGAACUACUGUGACUGGAUCUUCAAGCAGGAAACGGGGAAGGAUAGGGUACUGUCAGGUACGUACCUGAGUACUGGCUGGUUCACACUCGUGCUCGCGAUGGAAGUAUGCCCGAAAAUCCAUAUCUUUGGAAUGAUUAAUGAUACUUAUUGCAGUCUUCACAGGGCUGGAGGACGCAAAAAAAUUCCUUAUCAUUACUACGAGGCUGGGAGUCGGGACGAAUGCGCAGAGUAUACCAUUCAUGAAAACGCCCUCUACGGAGGUCACAGGUUCAUUACCGAGAAGGCCAUCUUUGCCAAGUGGGCCAAGCAUCACAAUAUAACCUUCUCACACCCAUCCAGUGGGCUCCCUGACACAGGCCCACAGACUCAAAGAGAAGACUGACCAUCCCAGGGUGUGAUUGGAAUGUGGACAUUGCCAUUACUUUAAGUUCACUGUGGAAUACAUUGUUUCUCUACUCUUUGACUGUGCAGUGAAUGUAUAUGGAUUUAUACACAAACUUCUGUAUCAUCAUGGAAGGAAGAAAGAGCAAAGAGUCAGCAAGUAUUUAAAGUAUUAACAUUUUUUCACAAAUAGGGCACUGUAUAUUGAAAAGUAGCACUUUAACACUUUGUCAACGGAACAUUCAACAAAGAUUAGCCAAUGCUCUGGAUUUUAAGUGGGGUGUUACUGGGCUUUUUGACUCCAACACCUCAUCUCCAGCUCGCUCAGGAAGAUUAGGUUCCUGCUUGUGAUGGUCCUGCAGGAAAUGCAAUAAGAAAUGUUAGAGUUCAGUCUUAGAGAGCAUCGACAUGCAUCAAAAUUGAAAAAGAAACAUCAGUUAAUUUGGCAAUGUCUUAAUGUAACAGGCCAUUGGUUGUGUGUUCAGUGGAGAGUUGCUGACACCCCAAACCCUUUCCAGCACUGACAUCCCAAACCCUCUCCAGCACUGACAUCCCAAACCCUCUCCAGCACUGACAUCCCAAACCCUCUCCAGCACUGACAAGGCAUGAGCCAGGAGAAUGUGUGUAUGUAUCAUUAACGACACUCAAGAAGCCACAGCACUCAGGAGCAAACUUGAUUGACAAUCCAUCCAUCUAAAUUUAUUAUCAAUUUUCAUGUAUUUUAACAAAAUUUUCCAAUCUAUCACUGCCAACUCACCACUGUUUAAAUUUAAGACCUUCGUUUAGGAUUAAACUGCUUUAUUUUCACUUUAACCUUGUUACAGUCACUCUUCUCUAAAGGACCUAAACAACAAGGUUAUUAACUAACCUGUUCCCAUUGGACAGUAUUCACUGUAGGACAACAUGUUCCUACCUGGCUCUUUCACAUACUAAAGCACCUCAUGUGCAGUCCAAGAGUUCAUCCUUCACAGUAUCAUUGCUAAUUUGUAUAUCUAUAGAUUGAAGUCACCCAUAUUUAUUGUGGUACUCUUGUUACAUGCAUCUCUAAGUUGAUGCUGUUCUCUGUAUUACGCUGCUGUUCAGAGGCCUACAGACAACUCUGCCAUCUCAACCUUCCACUGGCACACAAUGGCUGCAAUCUGCAGCAACUCACCAAAGCAUGAUUGGCUGCAUGUUACGAAACCAGCUCCAAGUCGUUCCUUCAUCAUAACCGGUCGCUGUCCUUGAAAUCCCUACGUAACAGCACCAUGAGAACUCCUCCACCAAACAGACAGCAGAAGGUUUCCCCACCCUCUGAAGGCGAAUAAGCAAUUAAUUUCACGUUGAAUUUUGAAAUGUGGAAAGGGUUUAGGUUAAGUGCAGACUGCUUUACCAGAUGGCAGAAUAGACGGAGCUUUACCCUUCCUUCAACCCUGGAUUGGGGAGAGGCUACUUUAUUCUGGGAUUGAGUAUCUUCAGUGGAAAGUGUAUCAUGCCCUUGUAUUGACAGUACCUAAAUUGAUAAGCAUAAAACUACAAUCCGUUAAGGAGAAAAUCAAAAAUAAGAAGAGAUACUGAAAGGAAUGUCUUCAAUCAAUCCUUCUCGAAGUUUACAAUCAACAUCAAGAGGCAAUUAACAAAACCAUAUAAUGUCUUUAGUGAAGCAGGACCUCUCACUUCCUUGAUCUGUUGUAUUAUAUGUAAUCACUGAAGUUUUCAAAAGUAAUUAACUUGCUAGCGAAGAUGAAUAAUCAGAUAAUUAACUCUGUCAGUGAUAAAAGGAUAUAUUUAAUGAUCGCUGAUAUUCUCCUGCAAAUGUGUCACAAAUUCAGGUUUUGCCAUAGAUAUUCUUUUGGUGGCAUUUGUUCUGUAACAGGUUUGAGCUUCUAAUGGUUAGGAGUGUACCCAAACAGUAGUAUAACGGAAUGUGCAGCAAAGGUGGAUAGGGUGGUAUGAAUAGUGAGCACCUCUUCAACACUUUCAAAGGAAGACUAAAAUGAUACUUGAUCGACUCAAGGCAUGUAUGAACAGUUUAAGCUGACUUAAUGCACAAAUGAACAUGCUAAUGAAGGCAUUUGAGACUGACUGAACUGACACCAAUCAGCACAAUGUGACUGGCAGUAUCAUACAAACCAACGAUUAAGCCAUGUUUCCUCACAAGUCAUUUGCUUGACUUUAACAAAAUAUCUUUGAAGCACUCUCCAAUAUUCUGUAUUCUGAAGCUUGUCUUCGCCGCAGAAUCUAAAUGCCAGACAGUGUUUUUAUUUCAGUUGUUUUCUCUGCCUGAGAGAGGGAUUAUACUAGACUGCCCUUGCCAAGCACUCAGGAUUAGGGGCCUCCCAUGGGUGUGCUGUAUUUAACGGUUAUCAACUUCAGCUAAUGAAUUGGAAAUUGUUCACUGUCUUGGGGUUAAAGGAUCCGUGCCUGCUCCGUCAACAUCUUUCACUAAUUUUGUAUCAGCAAUUUAAACUUCUCUGAAUAUACCUUCUUUAAAACAUAA